ACGUAGUUUGGCGCUUAAAAAAAAAAAAGCAAGAGAAGGAGGAACGGAAAGAGAAAGGGCUGGGCAGCCAUCGGGUGCGCUCUUUCCCCAAUCCGGAUCCAUCCUUGCCCCAGGCGGCCCUGGCAGCGGCCCGGAACCUGGCAGCUGCCCAGCCGGGAGCCCCAAGGAGCCGAGGGGGUCAGCAUUGCAAGUCGGCGGCAGCUCCAUGAGAGGCGCCGGGGCCGCGAAAGGAUCCAGGGCCCGGACUGGCUGCUUGAGCCCUGCCGGGAUGCUUCUGCCGAGCCCCUCCGCCCGCCCUGGGAUCUAGGCACUGGGAGCCGGAGCGGGGGGCAGCCGGGGAGAGAAAUCUUCCGGGUGGUGUUUUGCAGAAAGAAAGAAAGAGCAGAAAGAAAAAACACCCGAGCUUUUGUUCCCCCCGAUUCUCCGGCUGCGAUUUUUCCCCCCCAGCCACAAAAGCUGCUUUCUUUGCUGGGGGAGGGGAUGUGCAAAGCUGAUCUGUAACCUUGCAAAGUCUCUCCAAAAAUCCUUUAUUUUAUGUUUUUGGAAAGAGGGCUAGUGGAAAGUUGGUGUGUCUUUUUAUUAUUAUUCUCCGCGCUAAGCGUGCAUCAUUUAUUUAUUUAUUUUUGAAGCCGAGAGCCGGGGUCAUUCAUCGGUUUGGAGGAGGAGGAAGUGGGGGGGGGGGAGGCUGCUUGGCUGCCCUAUGGCUCGCUCCCCUAGCAAAGAAAGGCUCUGGAAACAGACUUUGAUGAAAAGAGAGAAAUCGGGGUCUGCAUGAGCCAUUCCUCCAAUACCAAAAGUCAAUAUUGCAAGCCGUUUCUUCCAGGUUUCUUUUUCUUUGAAGGAUGAACUUGUGAUUUUUUUUUAAUGUUGCAUUGGGGCUUGACCCCUGGGGAGCAAGCCAAUGGCAGUUUUUUAAAUGGCUAAGUGUACAUUUUCCAAGCUACCUCUCAGGAUCUCUCAAAAUAAGAACAGUUAUUGCCACUAUCACUUGUUUUUGAAGCUCUGCUUGUUCCUUUGUGGCCUUUUGGAGAAGGCUCAGCCAUGUUGAGAAUCCCGAAGGUUGGGCCUCCUGCCCCUGGACGGGCCCCCUCUGCUCUUGGGCCCCCCCAGCAGCAAAAGAAAGUCAUGCCUGUGAUCACCUCUGCAGAACUGGUGGUCUCCAACCUCGGCAGCCCCCAGAUGCGAGCUCUCCCAGCUACCUACUUCACUCAGGUGUACCCUCAGACUGCUGUGGUUGCCCCAUUGCCUAGGGGCAGCUGCCUUUAUGCCACCCCCCAUGGACCCGAAAUCAAAACCAUGCGAUCUGCUUCCACUGGAAAACUGCCGGCCAAAAGGAAGCUGGAUCUGGAAGGAACAGGCCAGCAGUGCAUCCCAGAGUUCCGAACCCCAAAGGGCAAAGGAAGGACACUCCCGCACAUCCCCAGUCCCAAAACCCCUAAGUCACCUGGGGAGAAGACCCGCUACGACACGUCGCUCGGCCUGCUAACCAAGAAGUUCAUCCACUUGCUCAGCGAGUCGGAGGAUGGUGUGUUGGACCUGAACCGGGCCGCUGAGGUGCUGGAUGUCCAGAAGCGGCGCAUCUACGAUAUCACCAAUGUCCUGGAGGGGAUCCAGCUCAUUCGGAAGAAAUCCAAAAACAACAUUCAAUGGAUGGGGACAGGGAUUUUUGAGGACUCCUCUGUGGCAACGAAGCAGCAGGCAUUGCGGCAGGAGCUGACGGAGCUCUCCAAGACCGAGAGGAUGCUGGACAAGCUCAUCCACGAGUGCACACUUCAGUUGAAGCACCUGACCGAUGAAGAAACAAAUCAGAGGCUAGCAUAUGUCACGUAUCAGGAUAUCCGUGCCAUCAGCAACUUCAAUGAGCAGACGGUGAUUGUGGUCAGGGCCCCACCAGAAACCCGGCUGGAGGUGCCAGAUGUUUGCGAGGAGAACGUCCAGCUGCAUCUGAAAAGCAACAACGGCCCCAUCGAGGUGUACCUCUGUCCUGAGGAAAUCCUGGAGGAGAGCCCAGCCAAGGAGGGCAGCUUUCCUGCUCCAGCACCCCAGGAGAGCAGCAACCCCCCGACGGUGAAAGUCGAGUCCGUGAAGACUGAGCUGCCCAGCUGCCUGAUGGAGGGGGAAGACGGCUUCCUCGAGCUGCCCCACCACCUCCUGCAACAGACCGAGGACCAACUCCCUUCCGCUUCCUAUGGUGACGCAGGCCCCUUUGUCACCUUCUCCCCUCCCCUCGACCAAGAGGACUACCUGUGGGGACUGGAGGAGGGCGAGGGCAUCAGCGACUUAUUUGAGGCCUACGACUUGGGCGACCUGCUAAAGAACUGAGCCCCCGGGAUCCCCAGGCCCUUCUCAUGGUGCUAAUUCCCUCCACUCCAGAGCCUUGGGGCUUUUCUGCCUUGAGGCACCUGCUUGCAUUUGGGCCCAGCGGAACCUGGCUGCCAAGACCCCCACAAGCAGCUCUCCAAGAGAUCCUUAUUCAUCUCAGGCUUUUCUGAAACCGUCGUGGACAUUGUGUGGGACACUUCCCCCC